AUUUUUUUUAAAAAAGUGUCACGUGACCAAUGUUUUAGCUCUGGACAAAAAGCUACGCUCGUAGCUAGCUCACUUCUUAGCAACGAUAAAGAUAGAGUCAAACCAAGUGAUUUGACGGGAAAUAUCGGCAUGAGGCAGGUGGAAUGGAUCCUACAGAAGAGCUUCCGUCCAUGAUGUGGGGAUUGGACCCAAUCUUUUCUGCUUUCGCCAGGCUACAUAUCUCAGAUAUCCUCCAUAUGAGGGAGUCCUGUCAAGUGGCAGACAUAUUUUUUUACCAGUCACAUCCAAUCCACAAUUUAGAUGUUUUGGGGACAGUCGUUUAUAAGAGGGAAAGAGAUGACUUCAUCUGUUAUGGAGUGGAUGAUGCUACUGGUGUUAUAAACUGCCUCUGUUGGAAAAAUGACCAGAUGAAAGAAGAGUUGGAUUCUGUCAGCGGAAGUCCAAUUGAUGGCCUCCAGGGAGGUUUUAAUCUAACUGUUGAGCUGAAAAAACUGAGACAGGCCCAGCAGAGUCACUGCCAUCUUGAGAUUGGAGAGCUUCUGCGAGUCAGAGGACCACUCAAGACGUCAAGGCAACAGAGAGAGAUUAUUGCCUACACCUACUAUAAAGUUAAUGAUCCAAUGAUGACAGUCCAGAUUGAAUGGAUGACAAAGGUUUUACAGCUGUAUAAAGACUUCUAUGACAAACCACUCCAUCUACAAACCAACACUACAAAUGAGUAUCCUAUCAGUUCCCUCACUAAGGCAACAAAUAUCAUCAAAGAUUAUUUAGAUCAGAGUUGUCUAAGCAAAUUCAGACCUUAUGAUGUUCUGGACCUCCUUCAGCCUCUCAUUACCAGCUGUACUGAAACAGGACCUGCAGACCAGCAACCAAGCAUGCUCCUGAAAGAGGUCCUGCAAGUUUUAAAGGAUGAGGGCAUUGUGUACGGCAGACUUGAGUCCCAGGAUAAAGUCUAUUUUGUGACUACACAGGAUAAAAAUCUAUUUAUGGCAGUUAAAGACAUCAUCAGGGAGGACUCAAAAAGAGAGAAGUAUCAAGAGAAGGGUUGCCACAUCCUUCACAUCCUGUCUGCAGUAAGACAGCGCCACAGCAUGAACGUGAGCAAAGCAGUGCUUGAGCUAGUUCUCAAAACACUGGAGUGCAACAGUGACAUUGUCAGCACCCGAGAUAACUAUUUUACUAUGUUUUAAGCCAGUGUUGGGGACUGGCUUGAUUGUAUUUCACAUUUUAUUAUUUAAAGCUAUAAAUAAA